CUGACACCAAAGAUGGCGUUGGAGAACAGAGAAUUUCUACGAGUUUGAUUUAGCUAGUUGUUCCCGUAAUUGAAAUAUGGGUGAUCAAGCGGGAUCCAUGCAGACGAGUGAGAAAGAAGAUAGUUUUUUUCCGUCUUACGCUACCCCAUCACUGGACGUAUUCGGCAAAACGUUUUACCAUGUCAUCCUACCACAUGCUGAUGUCCGUGCAGAGGCCCAUAUCAAAAGCAUGGAGGAAUACCAGCAAAUGUACGAGCGCUCUGUGAAAGAUCCUGAAGGCUUUUGGGGAGAGUUUGCACAGCAGUUCCACUGGCGUAAACCUCCAACUACCUUCCUGUCUUUCAACUUUGACAUUCAAAAUGGACCUAUUUUCAUCAAGUGGAUGGAAGGAGCUCAAACCAAUGUUUGUUAUAAUAUCUUGGAUAGGAUUGUAAAAGAAAAAAAUAGUGAAAAUACUGUUGCAUUUUACUGGGAAGGUGAUCAUCCAGACAAACAUAUUGCAAUCACAUACGGACAGUUGCUGGUGGAAGUUUGUAAGUUUGCAAAUGUUCUCAAGUCAAAAGGGGUUAAAAAGGGUGACAGAGUUGUCAUUUAUCUUCCUAUGAUCAUUGAGCUGAUAGUUGCCAUGUUGGCUUGCGCAAGAAUUGGAGCUGUUCAUUCAGUUGUGUUUGCAGGGUUUUCACCUCAAGCCUUAGCACACCGUUUAAUGCACUCAAAAUGUUCACUGCUGAUUACAGCAGAUGGUUAUUACCGUGAUGGAAACCGGUUGGAACUAAAGCCAACUGCUGAUAAAGCCUUGGCUAUUUGUGAACAAAAGGGACAAUCAGUGCCUGUCAGUAUCGUAGUAAGACAUUUACAACAUUUACUAUCAUCUGAUAGAAAUGGAAAUUCUGAAUGUCCAAGUAUUCCUAUCAAUUGGAAUGACAGGGUGGAUGUGUGCUGGCACGAUGAGAUGAGGACAGCUGAGACGACUUGUGAACCAGAAUGGAUGGACGCUGAAGAUCCUUUGUUCAUUCUUUAUACUAGUGGUUCAACUGGCGAUCCAAAAGGUGUUGUUCAUACCACAGCUGGUUACAUGCUUUAUACUGCAGUAACAUUCAAGUAUGUUUUUGAUUAUCAUCCUGGUGACGUGUUCUGGUGUACAGCUGAUAUUGGUUGGAUGACUGGCCAUAGUUACGUCACCUACGGUCCAAUGGCAAACGGUGCCACCUGUGUCAUAUUCGAAGGAGCACCAGCGUAUCCUCAUCCUAGUAGGAUGUGGGAAAUAUGUAGGAAAUAUAAGGUUUCCAAAUUUUACACAGCGCCGACUGGCGUCAGGUCGCUUAUGAGCAAGAGGGAAGACGUGAAAAAUAUUGGGCCUAAUCCUGAAUUAAUGAAAGUCAUUGGUUUGGCCGGCGAGCCAAUCAACCCUAAAGCUUGGGAGUGGUAUCGUAAUUCCGUUGGCAACGAACAAAGUUCCGUAGUUGAUACGUACUGGCAGACGGAAACGGGUGGACACGUGAUCACACCUCUUCCUGGUGUCACUCCAAUGAAACCUGGGUCAGCGACUUUCCCGUUUUUUGGCAUCGUUCCAGCAAUCGUUGACAAGCAUGGAGUGGAGUUAAAAGGGGAGUGCAAAGGAGUUCUGGUGUUAAAACAGCCCUGGCCUGGAAUGCUGAGAACACUCUAUGAUGAUCACGAUCGCUUUGAAUCCGUCUACUUUAAGGAUUUUCCAGGAUAUUAUUACACUGGAGAUGAAUGCAGACGGGACAAAGGUAAAUACUACUGGAUAGUGGGUCGUGUAGAUGACUGCCUUAAGGUCUCAGGUCAUUUGCUGAGUUCGGCUGAAAUUGAGAGCGCGUUGGUUGACCAUGACGCCGUUUCUGAGGCCGCUGCGGUUGGGUAUCAACAUAAUGUCAAAGGAGUUGGUGUAUACUGUUAUACAACUUUAAACGAGGGCUGUGAAUUUUCAAACGAGUUGGUCGAACAGCUAAAAGAUAGAGUUCGGGAAAAGAUUGGAAAAAUCGCAACACCAGAUGUGAUACAAUUUGCCUCAGCCCUUCCUAAGACCCUCACGGGUAAGAUCAUGCGCCGUAUUCUACGAGAGCUGGCUAACGGCAAAGAAAAUUUUGACGAUAUGCCCGAGACUCUCGCAAAUCCUGAGAUUGUUGGCGUACUGCUGUCACAAAGACCGAAGAAUAUACCUGGGAUGACAAAUGGUCAAUGACAAAGAAAAACGGUCUGUAAGAAAUCGUCACCUGAAGAACGACCUAAAAAAUGACUCAAACAUAUUUAUUAGAUUAAAACCUAUGCAGAGAUGCACAAAAAAUAGGGUUUUUUGCUGAAAUAAUAGCAAUAAUAUAACGCUAGCCUUAAGACAGUUAAAACAGGAAAACAAUCAACGAGUUUUUUAUACCUGCAUGCAUGAUUCUCCAGUUUAAUUAUCCUGCCUGCCCCCCGUAUUCACCAAGUCCUAAAAUUGUUAGAGGUUUUUUCGCUUUAUUCAUGACAUGAUAUAGUUUUACGGGAUCGUUUAACUCAUAUACGCAUACAUGAAUUGCCAUGUAAACUGUUACAGGGGUCAUCCUAACAAAAAUUUCCUGAGAACUGCCCAUUCUAUAGCUACUUCAAGAUUUGCUAACAUGUGUUGUUGGCACGAGAGCACGAACCCUCCUCUGGGUUGUAAAUGAUAGCUGCUCUGCAGAGAAUUUUUGAAAUUUGAGCUCUUCCAAUGUGGUCUUAGAACUCCAAUUAGAACUGGCCAUUUUGGAAAAUGGGAGGCCUUAGUAAACUAUAAUGGGUUUUAGAAUAUGCGCGAUAUAAAUGUGAAAUAUUAUUACUUUUACCGCUAGUAAACUAUAAUGGGUUUUGGAAUAUGCGCAAUAUAAAUGUGAAAUAUUAUUAUUACCGCUAGUAAACUAUAAUGGGUUUUAGAAUGUGCGCAAUAUAAAUGUGAAAUAUUAUUAUUACCGCUAGUAAACUAUAAUGGGUUUUAGAAUGUGCGCAAUAUAAAUG